ACGAUGAGCGCCAUUUUGGUUCAGUAAACAAUUCUACCGGCGGAUGUUCUCUCCCAGAAGAGCGCCCUACUGCCUGCAGUUUCCUUUAUCUUUCACAGUCAUUUAGCGCCUUGUAAAAUUGAGCAAUGACCGCGUCUUUGGUUGUGCAGAGGUUAGCAGGAGUGUCCGGGGCGCUUGCUGUCACGGCUGGGGCAUACGGAGCUCACGGUUUCAAAAACAAAGAUCCAGGCGAUUACUCGAUCGUGCUGUAUGAGACGGCCAACAAGUACCACUUCUACCACAGCAUAGCUCUGCUGGGGGCCUCUCGCUGUCGGAAACCUGCUGUGGCGGGCGCCCUCCUGGUAGUGGGCAUGGGGGCGUUCUGUGGCGCCCUGUAUCACCAAGCCCUGACGGAGAACCCUGUCCUGAGGAAACUGGCUCCUUACGGGGGCAUGUUCCUGAUCGCUGGCUGGCUGGCCAUAGCCAUCUGAACUCUGUCAUUUUAUCCACUGACCCCAUACUUGGACCCUACUGGUGGUGAAUGACCUUUCUCUACAGGACACAAACUGACUUAUGUUCAGAGAAGAAGGGGCGUUGGUAAAAUGUCACUUAUCUAUACCCUGCUGUUGUUCUGUCAUGGGUGUAAAGAGAAGAUAAGGUUGUGAGGGAUCACUUUUGAAAAUGUUGACGUACUUGUGACUUAAAUUUCUCUUGUUUUUGUGUGUGGGUGUUAACGCACCCACGUUUCAGUUUGAAUGGAUCCGAAAGAGUAAUGUAUAUUAAUCCUUAAUCAUAAAUAAACCUUUUGAAAAGAG